AUGCGUUAGAUGUGAAUAAUGUACGGAAUAGUAUGAUUGGUGAAAUCGAAAACCGGUCAUCGCAUUUGCUUGCGGUAAGUUUUUUGAUAAAUUGUCUUGAUUUUUCAACUUUUAGUUUAGUAGAUGAGAAAUCAUGUCUGAAUAUUGACAUUUUAUGUAAUUUUUAGAUAAAGGAGGAUGUUGAGACUCAAGGGGAAUUCGUGAAUUCGUUAAUAUGAGAGGUCAACAAUGCAAUUUAUCCGGAAAUAGAAGAUGUGGGGGCUUUUGUGAAUAUGAAUUACCGUGAACAACUAGGAUUAGAACUGGCAACAUGAUUUUUGUUUUGGACAUGAUUCAAAAGUAUAGUUAGCAUUGCUUUGUAAUUUUUUGUUUGACGUUUUUGUUGCGUGUUUUGUCUACAAGGUCGGGAAAACCUUCUCAUAUCCUAAUGCAAGACGGCCAGACGACGGCAGCAAGGCUCUUGGCACCCUUAGCUUUGAGAUCGGAGAUUGCUUGGAUGUGGCAAUUCUGUAGACUUCUAUAUCAUCUUUAUAUUCCAGUAGUUCUAUGUUCCCAUUUCGGCUUUAUUAAGCCGUUAUGUCCGUAUUGUUUGUUUGUGUGUGCAUCUGGGUUUGUGUUUCAACUCACAAUCAGAUAAUCGUAGAUUUUUGUUGCAGUUAACAAAAUCUAAAUUAGCGGGGAAUUCGUUAAUAUGAGAGGUCAACAUUGCGAUUUAUCCGGAAAUAGAAGAUGUGGAGGCUUUUGUGAACUGGCUGGAUGAUGAACUCGGCUUUCCUGAAUUAGGUAUUAACAAGAUAUUGAUUGUUGAUUGGGACCUCCAUCACGGAAAUGGUACUCAAAAGAUGUUCUGGAAAGACUCGCGAGUGCUGUUCUUUUCUAUUCACAGGGCUAUUAGUACCAAUAAUUUUUCGGGCACUCUUCCCCCAGAACUUGGAAACCUAUCAAAUUUGGAACUACUGUACCUCGACAGUUGUGGUGCUAGCGGCGAGAUUCCAUCAACAUUUUCCCGGUUAACAAAAAUGCGUGAGAUGUGGGCUUCAGACAGUGCAUUUUCUCGAAAGAUGCCUCCUUUUAUAAGCAACUGGACAAAGUUAGAGAAGCUGAGACAACAAGGGAAUAAUUUUGAAGGUCCUAUACCAGCUAAUUUUUCAAAGUUAAUCUCAUUGAAAUCUUUGCGAAUAAGUGAUUUGCAGAAUGUGAGUUUAUCUCUUGAUUUUAUCACCAGUUUAAGGAAUCUAACUGACUUGUAAGGCACACAAAUCUCUGAGACAAAGAGUGAGAUAUAUAUAACUUAAAUGUCAUGGAUGGGUUUUUGUUGCCACCCCUAUAUAUAAGAGGUGGCAGAAUGGGAGAUUAAGCGGAUCGGGUAACGUGUCGAAAUGGGUUGCGUUGAGUUCACUUUUUGUCUAACUUUUGGAAUAACAAGUGUGUUAAGUAUUAUUAAUACAAUAAUUACAAUAUUAAUCCAAUUUUUGUGUGAUGUAAUUAAAACUACACUUUUGGUAACUCUGGAUCCAUUUGAUUUAUUUUACCCAUUUUACCCAUUAGAGGAAAAGCAUACUUGCAAAUGGGUCGAAAUUGCCCCUUUAUUGUAUUUCUAUCUUCUUAUGAAGUUUUCAGAUUUAUACCAAGUUACUAACCAUUUUUCUAAUGUUUUGACUAGAAUUAUAAGAAACGCAUUAGUUUCUGGUCCUAUUCCGACAGGCAUUAUUGUAUGGGAGUUUUUAGAAACACAUUAGUUUCUGGUCCUAUUCCGACAGGCAUUAUUGUAUGGGAGUUUUUAUCCUACAGGUGAUGAUGGUUCACACAUCGUGAUCGUUGAGGGAGCUGGUGCUGGAUCAAAGUGCAUCAGAUUGCUACACGCCAGUUGAUGAUUCCAAACAUGUUGCAGAUUGGACAAUUCUAAAGAAACAAGGACAACGCUUACAACAAUUCCGAUUACACUUAAAACUGGUUAAGCUAGAAGUACCCAUAAAUACGAUAGUUCUUGGUUAAACCUUUGAAAGAACUUGCAUUCAAUUCUCAAAAUAUAACAGCGACCAUGAUGUCUCGCCAGUUUCAAGUUAUGCUUGAUGUUUUGACCAAUCUUCUCUUUGCCAGGCUUCCCAAGCCUAGGAGAAGUAGUCUUCCGAAAUCAGUAGAAGAUGAUGAUGACAUUGAGGAAGAAGCAGAUGAAGUGGUUCCCGAUGGUGUUGAAGAGGUAAAGUUAGAACGAGUCAACCUGGAACUGAAAGAACGCGCCCGGAACUUGCUUUUUGACGAUAUUCGAAAGCUUUCCCUGUUUUAUUGAUACUUCUGGAGAUGCACAUUCAGAGAAGGAAGGGAAUCUUUGGAUGAUAACUGGUGGAAGAUCCACAUUGGUAAGAUGCAAUAUGCAAAUUUUGUUUGAAAGUCUAAUCGUUAACCCGAUUGAAUUACAAGUGGCACAAAAUGCCCUAGCCGCCCCUUCAGCUAUGACGGCUAGGGUUCUGGUCAUUAGUCAUCAGUUUUUCGCUUCAAGCAACAGUUCUCUUCUAACUUUA